AAGCUCUCCAGCGCUGCGGUCCAAUAUAGCGCAUGCGCCCUGCCCGAGGACUGGCAGGGAGACGGCAAUAUGGCGAGAAUGCCUGGCAGCGGCGGCGGCGGAGAGUGGAGUACCGGGGGCGCAGGAAGCGGCGGCGGCGGCGGCGAGAACAAUGCGGGGGACCGGCAGACCAGCCGGGGUGGCCCCCACCGGCCCCUCCACUAUUGCAGUGCAGGGGAGGAAGAGGACGGGGAGGAGGAGGAUGAGAUCCAGGAGGUGCAGAUAACGGGGGACGAGGGCGCAGCCGAGGGGGGGAUCCUGUUGCUGGACGACGAGGAGCAGAUGAUGAUGGGGCUGGAGUGGGACGAGCAGCCGGGCCAUAUGAUCCGUAUGGACCAGGGCGCCGGAGCGUUGCUGGACUCUUCCCCGGCCACCGGCUGCGGCGCCAGGGGCCGCCGCGGAGUCGUCAGGGGUGUCGGCGGCACGGGCGCCAGCCGCGGCGUCGGGGCUCCCACGGGUGGCGCCCCUUCGGGGCCCGCGAACGCCCGCGGCUCCGUGGCGGGCAACGUGGCGGCCGAGGACUCGGACCCGGAGGCGGAACUGCUGCUGCAGCGUCCCGAGCGGGCCCGGCUGAGCGAGAACACACGCUUGGCCACUCGCUACGCGGUGCGCAUCUUCCGCGAGUACCUGAGCGAGAAGGCGCACAGCCCGGACUUCGAGACCAUGGACAAGGGCGCUCUGUGCCGGGUGCUGCGUUCCUUUUACGCUGAAGCGCGCUCCAAGAGCGGCCAGCUCUACUCCAAAUCGUCGCUCAUCAGCAUCCGCAGCUCCCUCAACCGCUACCUCAACGAGCCUCCCUACAGCCGCACCCUGGACCUCACCAAGGACCCGGAGCUUCGCGCUGCCAACCUCACGCUGGCCGCCGUCAUCCGCAAGCUGGAGGAGCAAGGAGCCGGCCCCGUGGUGCAGAAGCAGGCCAUCACGCGCGCAGACCUGCGCAAGCUCUACACCUGCAGCGUCUUCAGCGCGCAGAGCCCCUUCGGGCUGCUCAACAAGGUCUGGUUCGAGACGUGCAUGUACUUCUGCACGCGGGGCCGCGAGAACCAGCGCGAGCUGGAGGAGGACUCCUUCGGGCUGGCCAUGGACGAGGACGGGCGCAAGUUCGUCUACUUCAAGGCGCUGGGGCCCUACCACAAGUCGCGCUCGUCGGCGUGGAGCAAGAAGCGCGCCGAGAGCAGCGACGAGGAGAACCUGCCGCGCAUGUACGAGACCGGCACCGAGUUCUGCCCUUACGCCAGCUUCGUCAAGUACCUGGCUAAGCGCAACCCGCUCUGCAAGGCCUUCUUCCAGCGCCCGCGGGACCACUGCAGCGAGGGCGACGUCACCUGGUACGAGAACAAGGCCAUCGGCAAGAACCUGCUGGGCACCCGCAUGCAGAUGCUCUCCAAAGCCGCCAAGCUCUCCAAGACCUACACCAACCACUGCAUCGGCGCCGUCUCCAUCGCCACCCUCAACAGCAUCGCCGGCAUCGGCACCAAGUUGCCCGCCGGCGGAGGAGGCUGCUGCGCCCUCAACGGCAGGGCCCGCCCCUCGCCCCUGCCCGCCAACUCCUACGGCCUGCCCAAAGGCGGCGGCGGCGGCGGCAGCCCUUCGCGCGUCAAGGCCGAGGCAGCCGCCGCCGUCGUGCCGGUCAAGCGCUCCCUGUAUGAGGCCCUGCACGCGGCCGGGGGAGACGCCUGCGGCCCCUCCUCGUCCCCCAAAAGACUUUGCCUGAGGCCCGCCGAGCCUUUGGACGCCGCUGCCUCUGUGGUGGUGGUCUCAGUGAAACACGACCCCUUGCCUCUCCUCCUCCCUGAAGCUAAUGGCCACAGAAGCACCAGCUCUCCCACAGUCAUUUCACCUGCUAUUGUUUCCCCCACACAGGACAGUCGGCCCAAUAUGUCAAGACCUCUGAUCACUAGGUCCCCUGCGUCUCCUUUGAACAAUCAAGGCAUUCCCACGCCAGCACAGCUAACAAAAUCCAAUGCACCAGUACAUAUUGAUGUGGGUGGGCACAUGUACACCAGCAGCUUGGCUACUCUUACUAAGUACCCCGAUUCAAGUGCUGAAAUAUUUAUUGAUAAGACUGUAACUGUGCUGCAUAGUGACAGUUUGUACUUUGAAUUGCAUGUUUUUCAGGAUUACAGUUUGUUAUAUGAAGAAGCAAAAUAUUUUCAGCUUCAGCCCAUGCUAGGGGAAAUGGAAAGGUGGAAACAGGAUCGGGAAACGGGCCGAUUUUCAAAGUCUUGUGAGUGCUUGGUAGUGCGAGUUGCUCCAGAUCUUGGAGAAAGGAUAACAAUGAGUGGAGACAAGUCCUUGAUAGAAGAAGUUUUCCCAGAAAUUGGUGAUGUGAUGUGCAAUUCUGUCAAUGCAGGGUGGAAUCAUGAUUCAACACAUGUCAUCAGAUUUCCUUUAAAUGGAUAUUGUCAUCUUAAUUCAGUUCAGGUACUUGAGAGGUUGCAACAGAGGGGGUUUGAAAUUGUUGGCUCGUGUGGAGGAGGAGUGGACUCUUCCCAGUUCAGUGAAUAUGUACUUAGACGAGAACUCAGAAGGACAUCUCGCUCAUCUUCUGUCAUUCGAAUAAAACAAGAGCCUCUGGAUUAAGGAAAUUUUUGUUUUCUUAUGCAACCAUGAAAAGGAGGGACCUUCAUGUGCAUUGGGACACCAAAGGAGCCCUGGAGUGAAAAAUUGAAUAAAGACCUGUAUUCAUAUGGAGCAUUUGGAAUAGUAAUAAUAACCUCAAGGUGUAAAAUAUGUAUAUGUGAAAAGUUAGAUAAUGAAAAAAAUAAAAAAACCCUAAUGGUAGAGGAGGUUGGUGCUGUGAUGGCCAUUAAGUGUCCUAGGCCUUAGCUAGGCCUGAUUUAACAGUAAACAAGCCAUUUCUGUUGGGGAAGAGUCACAACUCCUUUUCAUUUUCCUUUGCCAGCUGGCAAUCUGUGUUUCAGUGUAUACACCUUGAAUCAAGUUUGUUUGCAGAUAUUUGUCAUAAAGGUGACUGGGCACAACUUCAAUCCAUCCAUGACAUAACAGAGUUUAUCAAUGGGAAUUUUAAAUGUAGCUUGUACAGAAGUCAUAUUCUUCUGUUGACCUCACAGAUGUGAACAUUAUUCUUGUUGGUUUUUUUCCCCAAAAGGAGACAGAAUUUAUAACUACUUGGUAGAGUUGCUCUGGUUUGAGUCCAGUGCUUUUGUAAGUUUAUUCAAACUUUAUAAUACAUAAAAUACAAUAAUUUCUGUUACAAUGUUCUGUUUAAGCCAACACUAGCCAAAAAAAUGUAAAAUAAAAAAGAUCAAAAUUAGCUUUUAACUUGCUCUGUUAUGCAUUUUAUAUGUUCAGUGGACAAUAAGUGAUGUUGAGUUCUGUGUGCAACAAAAAUAAGAAGGCAUAAGGAAGUGAGUUUCAGAAAAAUGAUGUACUUUAUCUUUAAUAUGUCAUAGAAACAGUUUUGACGCACCUUAUACUUUCUCUCCAUCAGUGAUUAUUCCAGCCUUUUUAAAUAAUUCGACAAGUAUUCAUUUUAGAGGAGCUUUUGAGUUCUGUACAGUAUUUUAUAAGUGAUUAAAUUGCAAUCUGUACAAUUAAUAUUCAGCUACUUCAAACACUAACAUCCUUGCCUAAGAUAUUCUCAGCACUAUUCAUAAAGUCAUGCCCUAAAGUUUACACUUAAACUCCUCCCCCUGCCCCUCAUUUUUUCCAACCUAUUCCACAAUGCACAGUUUCACCUCAGUUAUUGUUUGGGUCAAACUAGAUGUGAUACUCAGUCUCAUAUACUUCCUGUCCUUACUACAGCCUCUUUUCCAUUUGGCUUUUGUCAACACACAUCCCAUGAUCCUGAGCAUAAAUUUCUUUGGAGGGCAUGGGGGGAUCCCGUCUUCACCUUUUCAACAGUAGAAAAGCUAGCUGAAUCUAAUCCAUGUUUUUCAGCAGCUAGGUGGUAAUAUCCAGUUUGGCUUCUAUUGUUUCUGCAUCUAGGGCACCAUCUGAGAUAAUCUUCCAGUUGUGCUAACAUAAGGACUAGCACCUCUUCAGCUGCCCUACCCCUUCUGCUCU